AUGGAUCGUUCAAUCUUGGAGACAAUUCUUUGCAAAGACACCUCCAAGCACAUAUGGGAUUCAAUGAGAAGGAAGUAUCAAGGUUCUACCAAGACUAAAAGACAACAACUCCAGGCCCUUCGCACUGAAUUUGAGACGUUGAAAAUGAAGUCUGGAGAAUUAAUUACAGAUUACUUCUCAAAAGUAAUGACCAUUGUCAACAAGAUGAGGUUACUAGGUGAUAAAUCAGAUGAUGUAGCUAUUGUAGAGAAGAUCUUGAGAUCAGUAACACCAAAGUUUAACUUUGUUGUUUGUGCCAUCGAGGAGUCACAUGAUAUUGACAAGCUAUCACUGGACAAACUGCAAAGUUUGUUGUUAGUUCAUGAGAAGAAGUUGAUCCAACCCGAACAAGAGGAGCAAGCUCUUCAGGUUUCAACUCCAACAAGUAGGCGUGAUAAGAAGGAAACGAAGUGA